ACAAAUGUUGCCGCCGGAGCCAGCUAUGAUCUCACUUUGGUCAGUUGUCAUCUCAGCACUGUGAAAAUGGGCGCGGAUGGCAGCGCUCAGGCGGUGCUUGAGAUGAAGAUGACCUCGCCAACUCUGAGCAAUAUCUCCUUGGCGACGGUGAAGACGGAAAUGACAACUGCAUAUGCGCUCACGAAUGCAGGCCUAAAUCAAAACAGUCUUGUCGGCUUGAACGGGGUUGACAUGGCUCUAUCGUGUAAGUCAUCUUGCCACAUGAGUAAAGAACUAUUUUACUUUUGA